UCUACCACCUCCUCCUCCUCUGCUGCCGCCGCCCUUUUGCUUUCUCUUUCCCGCAACUGGCAGUCGGCGGCGGCUCGGCCAUGGACAAUGGCAACGUCUACAACGAGACCACCGAGCCGCAGGGCAAGCCCUCCCGUUGCUUCGGAUGUACCCUGCAGCACCUGUGGGGAUGGCGGCUGCCGGCCAAAGCGCUCCAAGCGAUUCUCUCUCUUCUGGCUGUUAUUUGUGAAGAAAUGGUGGAGAAUUGUGUCAACUGUGGUGGACUUUACUUCUUUGAGUUCAUAAGCUGCGCUGCCUUUCUUUUGAGCCUUCUGAUCCUGUGUGUGUAUUGCACUAAUGCAUAUGAAGUAUUUGGGAAAGAUAAAGUAGGGAAUGUGAACAUUUGGCUUGUGUCAGCCAUAGGUGUCUGUUUUCUGAUAGCAGCAACAGCACUUAGUGCGACCAGCUCUGAUUCUGCUGCUGGAAAAGCUGCAUGCGUAUUUGGAUUUCUUGCAAGUACUGUAUUUUUAGCUGAAAGUAUUACAGACUACUUUCACUGUUGGAAACAACACGUCGAUGGACACUCUGCAAAUCCUGCCCACACUCCGGGUGCCACAGAAAAUCAGCCAUUAAAUCAGCAAAGCUAAC